CCCCCUGUGCCAGCCCAAUAGACUGAUGAGUUAUUGUCAUGUAAAAGCGAAGGCAAUAAGACCACCGCUUUGCUAUUGUCCAAGUGGAAACAGCCAAGUUUAUUAUGAGGACUAUAUGCUCUAGAGACCUGAGGCAAGGCAGCUCAUAGGAGGCAUUUUGAUAAAACUAAGCUCUCCUCUUAGAAAGAAGCCCAGUUUAAAGCAGACUCUGUGCUGUGCACAUCUACCCACCAAAGGCACCUUCUCUUUCUCUCUCUCUCUCUUUCUCUUUUCUCAUUCUUUUUUUGGCCAGAUAUCCAGAGCCUUUUCAAUGUAUAAAAUGGAAUAUUCUUACCUCAAUUCUUCUGCCUACGAGUCGUGUAUGGCUGGUAUGGACACUUCAAGCCUUGCUUCAGCUUAUGCUGACUUCAGUUCUUGCAGCCAGGCGAGUGGAUUCCAAUAUAAUCCUAUAAGGACCACAUUCGGGGCCAGCUCGGGAUGCCCAUCUCUAACUCCAGGAUCCUGCAGCCUUGGAACUCUUAGGGACCAUCAGAGCAGUCCAUAUGCAGCAGUACCAUACAAGUUGUUCACGGAUCACGGCGGCCUGAACGAAAAGCGGAAACAGAGACGGAUACGGACCACUUUCACCAGCGCUCAGUUGAAGGAACUGGAGCGUGUGUUUGCAGAGACCCACUACCCGGAUAUUUACACACGCGAAGAGCUGGCUCUGAAGAUAGACCUUACCGAGGCCAGAGUGCAGGUUUGGUUUCAGAACCGGCGGGCUAAAUUCCGCAAACAGGAGCGAGCGGCGGCGGCGGCGGCUGCAGCGGCCAAGAGCAGCGGCUCGGCCAAGAAAUCCGACCUGCGCCCCGAGGACGACAACAAGGACUCGAAACCGGCCGACCCGGACAGCACGGCUCCGGGCAGCUGCGUGCCAACCCCGGGCACCGGCGGCGGGGUGUCUGGCAGCGGGGCAGGGGGAGGGGUGUCAUCUUUGAUGGAAAUACCAGAGACGACAGAAGCAGAACUGUGA